GUGCAAUAUGGGAUUCUGCGAAGAAAGGGGAUUGUUAAAAAGGUCAAACCAGUUUGUUAAGUAAGCGGUCCAAGCCAUGUCAGUUAAAUGCCUGCUUGGAUAUAAACUAUAUCGGAAGGACAGGGAAGGACGUAUUGGUGGCGGAGUCGCUCUAUACGUGAAAGAAGGCAUUGAAUCCAGCAAGCUGGAAACCCCAAAAGAGGCGGACUCUGUGAUGUUCCUGUAUUAAUGUAAAUAUGGUGCUUUCUGAUGUGGCCUGAAGGACAGCUAUGGAAAAAUGGAGCUUAAUGACAAUUGCUGCAUUACUAGGACUUCUUGUCCGUUGGACUGUGUCACUUGGUUCUUACUCAGGUGCAGGAAAACCACCUAUGUACGGAGACUAUGAAGCUCAAAGACACUGGCAAGAAGUUACCUACAAUCUGCCAAUCAAACAGUGGUACUUCAACACCAGUGACAAUAAUUUGCAAUACUGGGGCCUUGACUAUCCCCCUCUUACUGCUUAUCACAGUCUUUUGUGCGCUUAUAUAGCGAAGUUAAUAAACCCAAGUUGGAUUGCUUUGCACACAUCUCGUGGGUAUGAAAGUCAGCUGCACAAGUUAUUCAUGCGUGCAACAGUUUUUGUUGCUGAUUUGCUAAUUUACAUACCUGCAGUAAUCUUGUACUGCUGUUAUUUAAAAGAGACUUCAGCUAAGAGGAAGAUUUCUAGUGCUCUCUGCAUAUUGCUUUAUCCAGGACUUAUUCUGAUUGAUUAUGGACAUUUUCAAUAUAAUUCUGUGAGCCUUGGCUUUGCUUUGUGGGGAGUGCUUUGCCUGUCUUAUGAUUUGAAUCUUUUGGGCUCAGUAGCAUUUUGCUUAGCUCUAAACUACAAACAAAUGGAGCUCUACCAUUCUUUGCCCUUCUUCUGCUAUCUCUUGGGAAAGUGCUUCAAAAAAGGCCUGGUGGGGAAGGGGUUGUUGUUGUUAGUGAAACUGGGGUUUACCGUAGUAGCUUCCUUUGCUGUCUGUUGGCUCCCGUUUUGUACAGACGUCGAGCAAAUUUUGCAAGUAUUCAGAAGGCUCUUUCCAGUUGAUCGGGGUUUGUUUGAGGAUAAAGUGGCCAAUAUUUGGUGUACCAUAAAUGUCUUUUUCAAAAUAAAGGCUAUGCUGUCAGCAGAAACUCAGCUUAAGCUAAGCUUUGCUUUAACAUUCCUGACCGUACUUCCCAGUUGCAUAAAACUAACUCUGCAGCCUUCUAUCAAAGGAUUUAAAUAUGCUUUGGUUAGCUGUGCAUUAUCCUUCUUUCUGUUCUCAUUCCAAGUGCAUGAAAAAUCUAUUCUUCUAGUUUCAAUACCUGUCUGCCUAGUUAUACAUGAAAUUCCUUUUAUGUCUACGUGGUUUCUACUUGUUUCAACAUUCAGCAUGCUCCCUCUUCUCCUGAAGGAUGGCCUGCUCCUAUCAUAUAUUGUGACAACAUUGGCCUUUCUCACAGUGUGUGCAACUUCUUUUUCAAUAUUUGAAAAUACUUCUGAAGAUAAUCUGCAGCUGAAAAAUGUUUCCACUUCUGUUAGAAAAUACCUUCCCUGGUUUAAGACAUUCUCAGCGGUUAUUAAGUGUUUAUUCCUUGUCUCAAUAACUCUGAUGGGCAUCCUGACUUUAAUGAGUGCUAUGUUGGAUCCUCCACAAAGGCUACCAGAUUUAUUUCCUCUAGCUGUCUCUGCUGUAUCCUGCUUGCACUUUUUAUUCUUCUUGCUAUAUUUUAAUGUUAUUGCAAUAUGGGAAUCAAGAGAUAGCCAAAAUCAGAAAAAAACCAAUUAGUUCAAAGUGCCAACCUGCAAAACUAAUGACUAAGACAGGGAAAAAAACCUUUUAAUAUUUUCAUAGAUCCAUGUCUUAAAUCUUUUAUAAUGGGAGGUAUUAAACGGCUUUAUUUUUUGUAUAUGCUGGGGAAAACAACACAAAAAUGUUUACAUGUCAAUUUGUGCUUUUUCAGGAAUGUGAAUAGCCAUUAUUAAAAGAGGUUUGACAUGAACUCUGUCCUCUGAAUGCAAUAAAGUACCAUAAUACAUGAUGAUGUGUUGAAAAUGGAAAGUUACGCUGAAAACAAUUCAGUAAUAUCUUAACCACUUAUACUGGUUUAUUUUGAAUACAAUUUCUAAAUUAAUGCAACACUAUGAGUGUUUCAGUUUAAUGGAGUUCAAAAAAUGAAAUGUGUUGGAUACAGAAUUGUAUGUUACAGCAGUCACUCUUGUCUCUUGCUACUAAAUGGUGUCUCUUAUAGUCUAUUUGAUUACAUGCAUUAAACUGCCUUCUACAGUAUUUCACUAUCCUCUGUGAUAUGCUUAAAAUCAUCAAGGCCACUGCACUAAUAUCCAUAAUUCAGUGUCACGGUGCAUGCUCGCAUGACUAUCUUGUUUCAGCAUUAACCUCUAUACUAGUUAAAGUCGAUUACAAGAGUUCCAAGGUGCAGUUGUGGCUAAUGUUAUUUUUCAUAUACAUCAACAUACCAACCUCACAGCAAUAUGCAAAUUUUAUAGCCAAAAUAACAUUGUAUAUAGUUUUAUUUUAAUUCAAAACUUAAAGAAUGUACAUGCACAUGAUCACCAAGAACUCAAAUCUUGUUGUAAAAUUCUUUUUUUGUGGCACUAUCUUGUAACAGCCUUUACAUUUCAUAAGGCCUCCAACUCAAAUAUAUUUGUUGUUUUAAAAUGAAGUUAUAAGAAUUCCAAUCCAUGUUUAAUUCUUUGGUGUUUUGUGGUUAUCUCCAUACCAUCUGCUUGCACUGAAAAAGCAUACACAAUGUAUAAAAAAUUGGACCAACUUCUGGCAACUGCUUAUGAAAGAACUGAAACAACUUUCUACCAUAUAUUACACAUCCUUAUCAGGGUUUAUUGUUUCUAGCCAAAGAUCCACAUUCAAAUACACCAUGAGUUUAAGUAGUCAUUUUAAAUUCAAAUUUCAGCUAGCCUUUAGGAUUUUGGCCAUGAUUGAUUUGUUGCCAUUUUUUAGCACUUUGUAAAGCAUGUUAAUACAAUUAACACUUAUCAGCACAAGCUUUCUAUUGCAUGUCAGCUCUGCCCAGAUUUAUUCCUUUCUGCCAUUCUGAAAACAUUUGUAUAACUGUAACAUAAAGCCUUAAAUAUGGGUUAAAGUGGUGCAAUUUGCAAGUGUAUGGUUUGCCUUGCUGCCAUGCAAAAUGCUGCACAAUAUAACUGCAGAGCUCAAGCUGCCUAGUAGCUGUGCCAGGAAAACCAAAAUUCUGUAUGCAUAGAUAAAAGCUAUUAUGCAAAUAAAUUAUAAUGUAUGCCU